AUGGAUUUUGAUGGACUUUCGUUAGACUAUUUUCUAAUGAGUGACCCCAAAGUCAAUGAUGAUAAUAUUGUACAUGCGUUCAAUGAUUUGAUGUGUCAUUUGUGUUGGACUGAACAGAUAUCCUCUGGUGUUAAAAGACUGGCCAAUUUCACAUCUUUAAGAAUACAAUUGUUCCAGUUUUCAAAGUAUUCAAUGGAGGCUACGACAAAUGAGCCAAAAUCAAAUGGUUUAUUGGAGGCACUUACAAAUGAGCCCUUUUUAGAAUUAACCAAGUUGCACGGAAAACAAUUGAAACUACUUUAUCUGAAAGGAAGGACAGUCAUUACCAAAAAUGGUUUAAAGCAAGCUUUUUCAAAUCUUUCCGAGCUUGAGUCACUCUCUAUUGCUGGUAACCAUGCAAUGGAUCAGGAUAUGUUAAGUUAUUUACCACCCAAAUUGAAGUUUUUAAAGUUGUGGGGUUGUCCAUUCUUUUUCCGGGAACCGGCUGAACCCUUGGGAAAGAAACGUGUGCUUUCUCACUUGUCGUAUGUGUGUUGUGAAAAACAAUACACAAAGACAAUUCUUGACGCAUGUACAUACGGAACCAACAACGAUUUGGUGGUUGAGUGGAAAGAGCUCUAUUCAGACCGAUUCUUAAGGAUUGAAACUCUUUCGGUUGGAAAACUUAUUGUACGUCCAGGUGACUUCAUACCAAAAGGAGUCCAACAUGUGCAACACAAGUGCAGCAGUAUUGGAAACCUUUAUGGACUACUACGGGGACAGGCUUGUGCUCAGGCAAGCUCCAUUCUUGUUCCUCCCAGUUGUAAGAUUUUUCUUGAACGAUGCUUGGAGGUUUUGCAAUGGAACAAUAAUUGGGGAGGAUAUGAAACUCACUACAUCAAGACCACUACCGAUCGAUUUCGUCAUAUAUUACAGUCCAUGCAUGCUACGAAACAAGAGCCAUACAAACCUGAUAGCAAGAUAUCAUUGGAGGAACGAUAUUCCUAUGAGGCAGUAUUUCAUUUUCUAGUGAAGAAUCGCUUCAUUGCAAGCGACACACGUUUUAAGAUGGAAUAUGCAAGUCAGAAACAGUUGAAGGAGUUCCAAAUUAACAUGGGACUUCUUUGUUUCAAAGGAGUGGAAAGAUAUGGGUCUCGCACAGAGUAUUAUGAAGUUGAACAGAAAAAGGAGAAAAGGAGCGUGCACUAUUCAUCCAAUCCCAAUAGCGUAAAAAAACAAAAGCAUGAAGACCUGACAGACAGUAUUGAAGAGUCUGUAACACCUCAAUGGAUCGAUUUAACAGAUUCUGAGAAUGAAAUCAGCUCCUAG